UGGUCGUGUCAGGGCAGGAAAGAUGGCGGCCUGUGCGCUCCGCCGCGGAUUGCUCAGCAGCGUCAGUAAAUACAGCCACAAACACCCACACCGCAUCCUCAGCGUGGCCGACAGUGGCGGCGGCUUCGAGGCGUUCAGACCGCGUCCGCAGUGCCGCGCCUGCGGGCUGCCCAGCUUCGUCCAGCAGCGGAGGUUCAUGUCGUCACGGAACAGGCCCGAAGGGAAGAUUCUGGAGACGGUCGGAGUGUUUGAGGCCGUGAAGCAGCACGGGAAAUACGAGACAGGACAGCUGUUUCUCCACAGCGUGUUUGGCUACAGAGGAAUCGUCUUGUUUCCUUGGCACGCCCGCCUCUAUGACCGCGACAUCACCCCUCCCAUGUCGGACAGCAAACCCGAGCCUCCGGGCGCCCACGGCUCCAAAGAGGUGAAGGGGAAGACUCACACCUACUACCAGGUCCUCAUCGACACCAGAGACUGCCCUCACAUAUCUCAGAGAUCCCAGACGGAGGCGGUGACGUUCCUGGCAAACCACGACGACAGCAGAGCUCUGUACGCCAUUCCAGGUCUGGACUACGUGAGCCACGAGGACAUCCUGCCCUACAACUCCACCGAGCAGGUUCCCAUCCAGCACGAGCUCUUCGAGCGCUUCCUCAUGUACAACCCCGCGAAAUCUCCUCCGUUCACGGCCCGGGACACGCUGAAGGCGUGGCAGGAGAAGAACCACCCCUGGCUGGAGCUGUCGGACGUCCACAGAGAGACCACCGAGAACAUCCGGGUCACCGUCAUCCCCUUCUACAUGGGCAUGAGGGAGGCUCAGAACUCCCACGUCUACUGGUGGCGUUACUGUAUCCGCCUGGAGAACAUGGGCAGUGAGGUGGUUCAGCUCCGAGAGCGACACUGGAGGAUCUUCAGCCUGUCGGGAACUCUGGAGACGGUCCGAGGACGAGGAGUGGUGGGCCGGGAGCCGGUGUUGUCUAAAGAGCAGCCAGCCUUCCAGUACAGCAGCCAUGUUUCCCUACAAGCCCCCAGUGGUCACAUGUGGGGGACGUUUCGUAUCGAGCGGACCGACGGCUCCCACUUCGACGUGCGCAUUCCCCCUUUCUCCCUGGAGAGCAACAAGGACGACAAAGCGCCCCCUGCUGGCUACACGUUCUAAGCCCCGCCCCUCCUCGGACAUGGCCGCCACGCCGGCCCAUCUGGGGUUUUCUAGAACUGUCCUGUAACACGGCCUCCGCGUGAGAUUAGCAUGAGUCGGGUCUGUUCUGUCCCCAAACGCAGCGAUCGAACCUCUGAAGGUAGAGAGUCAGUCGGCUGCAGUAUUAACGGAGGGAGGCUCCUCACACUACAACUUCAAGCUAGUCUUUCCUCCAACUCUUUUUUUUUUUUUUUUCUCCUCCUGUGAAUCCCUCAGUCUCUACAGCAAAGCUCUGUGGGUCUUCACCGACAAGCAGGAAGCCGCUCUUUAACUUCUAAACACAUUUGAUACGAAACAGUUCGGUUGCAGCUGCAAGCAGCACAAAGUGCCAUCAGCUGCUGUCUCUCCGGCGAAGAUGGAUUGAAAUCCAAAGGUCAUGGUGCGUUCAUGCAGCUGGGAAAUCAAGUUACCGUUUUGGAAAUUCCCACUUCUGAGUAAGAAGCAAUGUCUUGACAAAGUCCAAGAUACAUAAAUUUAUUUAAAAAUGGACUUUGUCACUUAAUAAACACAGGAGUGCAUCAGUCAUCUAUUACAUUUACAUUGUGUCAAUUAGAAGCAGAAAUAAUGUCUGAUCUUUAUUUUCCCAGUGUGAAAUUUAAAGUUUGACAGUGUUCAGGUGUGUUCUUGCUACCUGGAAGUCAAAUUUCCCACUUACCAGUUAGCCCUGAAUGCGCCGGUUGUGCUUGUCUGGCAUAUAUUUAUUGAAUUAAUGGGAUGAGAUGAAGCAUGCUGAAUGAGCGACUUAGAGAAAAAUCUGAGACGUUAUAGAUGUAGAAAUUCAGAUAAAUUUGAUUCCACUUGAAUGUACCGUUACGGUUUGAGCCUCGUUGGAAAUCUGCGUCGGCGUUGCGUCCUCUCAUUUUAAAUCGUCCCGCUCAACUUUUCAGGGGACAUCAGCGGCUCCCCUCCCUCAGACCUCUAAGUUAUUCCUGUUUCUUUUUGUACAUUUUGAGAUGAGAUCAACGGAAAGUCUUUGACAGUGAUUCAGUGUUGAGAGACGAGAGCAGAAAGCCGGAGCAGUGAAGUGAAGCCUCCUGAAGAUGAGGGGACGGCCGCUCCUCCAGACUAAAACCAAAACCAAGUCCCAACUCCCUCACUCUGAUUUUAUGAGCCCAACAUUUCUGAGAGACCGAGGAAAGAAACUAACCUUUUCCUGUUUUGAUAAGUGAUUUGAAGCGAUGGUUGAAAUGCUACUGUAAAUAGAGAUGUAAUUAAAGGCAAAAACCAAUAAAUAUUCCUUUUGAAAAAUAUA